CUGAUUGCAAACACGGAAAUGCAGUGAGAGCGUCCGCGUAGUCAAACUCUGUAUUUAUUUCCAUGUACUUCACCGCUCCGUGACUGAAAGCAGACACUGCGCGUAAAAUAUUGGGCUGACAAGUGUCACGGAUUCAUUUUUUUUUUUUAAUAGGUCGAUGGAUUUUUUGCAGCUUCUGUCAUGGGCCUGCAUCGUGUUUACAGUCGGGAUGUUCUCGACUGGACUGAGCGACCUGAAGAAGAUGAAAGAAUCCAAAAGUACAGACAACAUCCAGUUCCUUCCUUUCCUCACCACGUGUCUCAAUAACCUAGGUUGGUUGUACUAUGGGAUCCUGAAGAGCGACCACACGAUUAUCCUGGUCAACUUUAUCGGCGCCGUUCUCCAGAUCCUCUACAUCAUCAUGUACAUCCUGUACACAAAACAGAAGAGGCAGGUGAUUUCCCAGACGGUCACGGCAGCGAUAGUGUUGACCUGCGGCUGGUUCUACUUCACCACGUUUCUCACUGAAGGAGAGUCUCGGCUGAACCAGCUCGGUCUCACCUGCAGCGUCGUCACCGUCAGCAUGUACAUGUCGCCGCUGACCGACCUGGUAAACAUAGUGCGGAGUGGUAAUGUCCAGUGCUUGUCCUUCCCACUGACUGUAGCAACCUUCUUCACUUCAACCUCUUGGGUCCUGUACGGCCUCCAGCUUAACGACUCCUACAUUGUGGUUCCAAACACACCUGGAAUCUUCACCAGCCUCAUCAGAUUUUAUCUUUUUUGGAAAUACGCGUCCGACAAUGAGAGCUCGCCCUACAAGCCUUUGCAGAUAUGAAGAAAUCAGAGCCGAAAAUGUAAAAACACGUCUGUUGAGUCAGUGGGAGGCGCGGCAGCAAAGUUCACCAAUCACUCGUGACGCAGAAUUUGACAUUUCAAGAACACGCUGAGUGACACCUCGUACGAAGUGGCGAUAAUGUGUUCUACUCUUCAAGUUAAAAUGGGGACGGACGGAUUUUUUUUUUUUUCUGCGCCUGUUUGUUAAAUGUUUGUCCUAAAGUGCCUUCUGCUUGAUCAUGUUACUGCAAACAUGUCAGGAAACUUGCUCACAAUCAUCUGAAGUGUGUUGGACCUCAUCUACCUACUAGCCAAAACUUUUGUGAAGAUGUAACUUUCUGGCUGCUACCGGUUUUUUAAUUCCAUAUUAUAACAUUUGUUUGUUGCCUGGUACUCGUAUAUGGUUCUGUACUGUAAAGGGUUUCAACAUAUAUAUAUAUACACAUAUACAUGUACAUAUAUAUGUGUGUGUGUGUGUGUGUGUGUGUGUAUAUAUAUACAUUUUUUAUUUUUUUUGCACAGCCUCGUGAGACGACCGAUUUCAUAUCUCUUUUUGUACUCGCAUCUCCGUGUAACACGCAGACAGAUUAUUGAGUUCCAUCAGUGGCAGUGACAGUUUAUUAAAAGAUGUUUUUAUACUUUGGAUCUGAACCUUUUUGAUACAAGACGUGUGUUGGGCUUAUGUUCAGGACCAAACGAUGUUUACUUAUGUUAUCGAUGCUAUUUUUUUAUAUAAAUUCUUAUAUAAGCUAUUAUAUGAAAUACAAAGAAAAGACAGGAUUUAAUCAUGUUUAAUUGUGUGGUGGCUGGUUGUCUUGCAAUUAUUAAACGUGAUAAGGACAUAUGCAAAUCGAA